AUGAAGUCUUCUUGCACCUUUGUUUCGGUUAUGUCGGAUUCGAAAGCUAGAUUGUAUCUCUGCAGUGUACUUGUCUCUGCUUUUCUGAUUAGUUGUUUUUACUUCACCGGAAGUGUUUUCUUCGCUGGCAAUUACAGGCUGCUUUCUGGAUUUGGAAUUAAUGGCACCCAACGUGAUGCAAAUUAUGAUAAUUGCAAGAUUUCAGGAAGAUUAGGAAAAGGGGUUUAUGCUGGGGGGAACAAGGAUUCUGAAAAAUGUGCGGAUAAGUGCAAACCACUUGGUAGUGAAGCAUUGCCAGAAGGAAUUGUUGCUAAAACUUCCAACUUUGAAAUGCGCCCUUUGUUUGGUGAUGUUGAUGAAAAGACGAGCUUGACGGGUUCAGUUAGUUUAUUGGCCAUGCCAGUUGGGAUAAAGCAGAAAGAACUGGUGAACCAAAUUAUCCAGAAGUUUCUGGAAGACAACUUUGUUGUCAUCCUUUUUCAUUAUGAUGCUAUUGUUGAUAAGUGGAAUGAUCUGGAAUGGAGUAACCGUGUCAUACAUAUCUCUGCCUUGAAUCAGACAAAGUGGUGGUUUGCGAAGCGUUUCCUUCAUCCAGAUAUAGUUUCUGAGUAUGAGUACAUCUUCUUGUGGGAUGAGGACCUUGGAGUUGAAAACUUUCAUCCUGGAAGGUACGUGUCAAUAGUUAAAGAGGAAGGUCUUGAAAUAUCUCAACCUGCACUGGAUCCUGCUAAGUCCCGGGUUCAUCAGCAGAUCACCUUGCGGAAUAGAUACUCAAGAGUGCACAGGAGGUACUAUAAAUUAAGAGGUGGUGGAAGGUGUGAUGAAAACAGCACAGCUCCUCCUUGUGUUGGGUAUACUCUCUACAGCUCUUUGAACCUUUCAAUUUUCUUGUUAGUGUCAGAAACUGACUGUUCUUUUCUUCUUUUAUGUAGGUGGGUGGAAAUGAUGGCUCCUGUGUUCUCCAGAGCUGCCUGGCGCUGUACAUGGUACAUGAUACAGAAUGACUUGAUCCAUGCCUGGGGCUUGGAUAGGCUGCUAGGAUAUUGUGCACAGGGUGAUCGGACGGCAAAGGUUGGUGUGGUAGACGAGGAGUAUAUAGUCCACAUGGGUCUUCCUACGCUGGGUGGUGUGUCAGGUGGAAACAAGGUGGACAAUGAAACUGUUGAGCAUUCUUCACAACCACAGAAAUUAGUAAAUUCAGAAUCACUGGAAACUGAAGAGGUGAAAUCCGAUAAUAGAUCAGCUGUGAGAAAACAGUCCUACAUUGAGAUGGCAAAGUUCCAAAAACGGUGGAACAAUGCGAUCAAGAAGGAUAAGUGUUGGGUUGAUCCAUAUUCAGAUCUUAAAAAGCAGGAAGGUCAUUAG